UCUGAUUUUGGUGAAAAAAAAUAGUUAACCAUUUAUAUCAAAAUUUUAUCUUUUCCUUUUACCAACUAAUUUGAUUAAUUCAUAAAGGCACCGAUAGACAAUAUGAAGUUAAACAUUUCUUAUCCAGCCAAUGGUACUCAAAAGAGUAUCGAAAUUGAUGAUGAACAUAAAUUAAGAGCCUUCUACGAAAAGAGAAUGGGUCAAGAAGUUGAAGGUGACUCUGUCUCCGACGAAUUCAAAGGUUACGUCUUCAAGAUCACUGGUGGUAACGAUAAACAAGGUUUCCCAAUGAAACAAGGUGUUAUGCACCCAACCAGAGUUAGAUUAUUAUUAGCUAAAGGUCACUCUUGUUACAGACCAAGAAGAACUGGUGAAAGAAAGAGAAAGUCCGUCAGAGGUUGUAUUGUCGGUCAAGAUUUAGCUGUUUUAUCUUUAGCUAUUGUUAAACAAGGUGAUGCUGAUAUUGAAGGUUUAACCGAUGGAACUACUCCAAAGAGAUUAGGACCAAAGAGAGCCAACAACAUCAGAAAAUUCUUCGGUUUAACCAAGGAUGAUGAUGUUAGACAAUUCGUUGUUAGAAGAGAAGUUACCAAGGGUGACAAGAGUUACACCAAGGCUCCAAAGAUUCAACGUUUAGUUACUCCUCAAACUUUACAAAGAAAGAGAGCUCUUAAAGCUAAGAAGGUUAAGAACGCUCAACAACAAAGAGAUGCUGCUGCUGAAUACGCUCACUUAUUAGCCAAGAGAUUACACGAAAGAAAAGAAGAAAAGCUCGAAAUCAGAAAGAAGAGAGCUUCUUCCAUCAAAUCUAACGCUUAAAUUCUUUAAGAAUUUUUGUUAGAAAAGGCAUAAUCAUCCACCUCCUCACACAACCAUGCAAAUAUCAUCACAACAAACAUAACCAACCCCUUUGUUUCAUUCAUAUAUAUUAAAAUCCUGUUUAUUAAUUUUUUCUUAAAUAUUUAAUAAAAAAAGUAUUAUCAUUAUAUAAAGUCAAUGAUGUAUUGUUUAUUGGUUUAUUGUUGUGUAGGUAUCUUGUUGAUUUGUUAAUUAAUUCAUAUAGUACAUUAGUUUUAUAAUUCUUAAAUAUACUAUACAUAUCGGUUC